AUGAACACUUAUCAAGUGAACUUCGAAGAAAAUGAAAGUGCUGACGUUACCGUUGUUGCUUUGUGCGAAGGCCAGGCACUGUUGCUGUUUCUAGCAUCCGUUGCAUCUUUGCUCUCCCUAAUGGCACAAGAUACUGUUUUUGGUGCUGACUCACCUCGACGACGUCUAUUGCGAGAUCAGGUUCAAGUGGUGAAAAGGAAGGAUUCUGAUCGCUAUGAAAUUGUUCCUAUCCAAGAUUCCCUGUCAUUUGAGAAAGGAUUUUUCAUAUUCAUUCGUGCGUGCCAAUUGUUGGCUCAAAAGAAUGAUGGAAUCAUAUUAGUAGGAGUUGCAGGUCCAUCUGGAGCAGGGAAAACUGUUUUCACUGAGAAGAUCCUCAAUUUUAUGCCAAGCAUAGCUGUCAUAACAAUGGACAAUUAUAAUGAUUCUAGUAGAAUUAUUGAUGGAAACUUUGAUGACCCUCGGUUGACGGAUUAUGAUACCUUGCUUGAAAAUAUACAGGGUCUUAAAGCAGGGAAGCCUGUUCAAGUUCCAAUAUAUGAUUUCAAGUCUAGUUCUCGCAUAGGUUACAGGCUUAAUCUCAAAUUAGGGAAACCUGGAAAAGAGAACACAAAAGCUAAUGAUAUUGAACAAUGUUUUAUAAGGAUCAAGUUAUUAGAUCUGAAAUUCUUUAGAUGUGGAAUUAAAAAAUCGAUGACUAUUGAAGUCCCUGCCUCUCGUAUUGUAAUCAUAGAAGGCAUAUAUGCCUUAAGUGAAAAAUUAAGGCCUUUGCUUGAUCUUCGUGUUUCUGUGACGGGUGGAGUUCAUUUUGACCUUGUUAAGCGUGUAUUACGGGACAUUCACCGAGCUGGUCAAGAGCCUGAAGAAAUAAUUCAUCAAAUCUCUGAAACGUCAGCAAGAGCUGUGACAGUUGAUCAAAUCAAGGAAAUUAUUGACGCACAGCAUACUGAAACCAAAGAGGAAACAUAUGACAUAUUUCUUCUACCGCCUGGGGAAGACCCCGAAGCUUGUCAAUCAUAUUUGAGAAUGAGAAACCGCGAUGGAAAGUACAAUCUCAUGUUUGAGGAAUGGGUGACAGAUAGUCCAUUCAUAAUAUCACCUAGAAUUACUUUUGAGGUCAGUGUGCGCCUUCUUGGAGGACUGAUGGCCUUAGGAUACACAAUUGCAUCUAUCCUGAAAAGAAGCAGUCACAUCUUUCGUGAUGAUAAAGUGACCAUAAAAACUGAUUGGUUAGAACAACUUAAUCGCACAUAUGUUCAGGUGCAAGGGAAAGACAGGAACUAUUGCAAAUUUGUAGCAGAGAAAUUGGGAUUGGAUGGUUCCUAUGUUCCUCGCACUUAUAUUGAACAAAUUCAGCUAGAAAAGCUUGUAAACGAUGUCAUAGCAUUGCCAGACGAUCUUAAGACAAAACUCAGCUUAGACGAUGACUUGGUUUCAAGCCCCAAAGAAGCCCUGUCCAGAGCUUCUGCAGAUAGGAGAAUAAAGUAUCUUAAUCGUGGUAUUUCACACUCAUAUUCAACUCAAAGGGACAAGAUUCUACCUAAGCUGACUAAACUUGCUAUAAAUAACAGAAGAUUCGAUGGAAGAGCUCUAGAAUCACCUGCACCGAUUGCUAACCAUGGGGUCAUCACUCAACUUUCUGAUCAAAUUUCUACACUAAAUGAAAGAAUGGAUGAAUUCACCUCCCGUAUUGAAGAAUUGAAUUCAAAAUUUUCUACCAACAAAGUUUCAGCCAGUCAACAAAACUUGGCUUCACAGACCGAAGCCAGUAAUGGCUCAGGCCCCACUUCCUUCUUUGUAACUGGAUUAGGCAAUGGUUCAUUGACUGGAUCAGUGCUGCCUAAGUCUUCAUCAUCUUCUCAAUUGGCGAAAGAGUCUCCCCUGAUGGAUGAGGUAUUAGUUAUUGCACGAGGACAACGUCAAAUCAUGCAUCAACUAGACACUCUGAGCAAUCUUUUGCACGAAUACUUUGGAGAAAGGUCCCGACUUGGAAGACCAAAUCAGACAGGUAGAAUGCUUGAAGCUGAUUAUGUUGCCAUCCCCUUGGUUCUAACUCUGGCCAUUGGUGUUGUUGGUGUGUUUUUGUUCAGGGGUGUGGCAUCCCAAAAAUAG